GUAUUUGAUACGAUGGACAGAAAAUCCGUGCAAGAUACAAUUGAGGAGUCAUGCAGAGAUUAGAUGUGUGUUUGCAAUAAAUGGCUCACGAGUCUCCACUCCAAAAACCAACUCCUGACACGUUCCAAUUAGCGCCUCUCCUCUCGCCUUGUGUAUCUCGGGAAAUUUCUCCAGUGUUGGGCGGAUUGUGAAUGCCGUUCACUGAGAUAUCCUCCGAUCCAGCUUCCCGGUGAGAAAAUCAGCUGAAUGGCCUCGAUUCUUAACCAAACCCAGGAAUUGCAAGAAUCUUCUAGGGUUCUUGGGCAUGUAAGAUGUGAAAGCUACUUUAUAUACCCCGGAGAAAGUAGCUAUUCAGAUGGCUUGAGGGCUGUUUUCUAUUUCCUCGGUCUUGCCUACUGCUUUCUCGGGUUGUCAGCGAUAACUGCACGCUUCUUCAAGUCUAUGGAGAAUGUCGUCAAGCAUUCCCGUAAAGUGGUUUCUGUUGACCCCAUUACUAAAGCUCAAGUUAUCACAUACCGGAAAGUUUGGAACUUUACUAUUGCAGACAUCAGCUUGUUGGCUUUUGGAACUAGCUUUCCUCAGAUCUCCUUAGCUACCAUUGAUGCUAUACGGAACAUAGGGGAGCGUUAUGCUGGAGGUCUUGGUCCAGGAACACUUGUUGGCUCAGCUGCAUUUGAUCUCUUCCCCAUCCACGCUGUUUGUGUUGUGAUGCCAAAAGCUGGAGAAUUGAAAAAGAUAUCCGACUUGGGUGUUUGGCUUGUUGAGCUGGCUUGGUCUUUUUGGGCUUACAUUUGGCUCUACAUAAUCCUUGAGGUGUGGUCACCUAAUGUAAUUACACUUGUGGAGGCAUUAUUGACAGUAGUGCAAUACGGAUUACUUUUAGUUCAUGCGUAUGCGCAAGACAAGCGAUGGCCUUACGUGUCCUUACCUAUGUCAAGAGGUGAUAGGCCAGAGGAGUGGGUUCCAGAAGAGAUUGAUCCAUCCAAAGAUGACAAUGAUGUUCAUGACGUGUAUUCGGAAGCCGCUCAAGAAGCUGGUGAAUCGGGAAACAGGAACAUUGUUGAUAUUUUCUCUAUUCAUUCUGCUAAUAAUGAUACAGGGAUCACCUAUCAUACAGUGGCAGAUACUCCACCAGGAUCUUCCACUGAGAGGGGUAAGGCAAAGAAUUCUAAUGUUUUCGACAUUUGGAAACAUCAGUUCGUGGACGCAAUAACGUUGGAAACAUCAGAAUCAAAGAAAGUUGACAACAUUUAUCUUCGACUCGUGAAAGCCUUUUGGCAAUUACUCCUUGCCCCUUGGAAAAUCCUUUUUGCGGUUGUGCCUCCUUGCAACAUCGCUCACGGUUGGAUCGCAUUCAUCUGCUCUCUUCUCUUCAUCAGCGGAGUAGCAUUUGUCGUCACAAGACUUACCGACCUUAUAAGCUGUGUCACUGGAAUAAACCCAUAUGUGAUAGCAUUCACAGCACUCGCAAGUGGAACUUCAUGGCCAGAUUUAGUAGCCAGCAAAAUCGCUGCAGAGCGACAACUAACCGCGGAUUCAGCCAUUGCAAACAUCACCUGCAGUAACUCGGUGAACAUCUACGUGGGGAUUGGAGUUCCGUGGCUGAUAAACACAGUAUACAACUACUUUGCAUACAGAGAGCCUUUAUACAUAGAAAACGCGAAAGGAUUAAGCUUUUCUCUGCUGAUAUUCUUUGCGACUUCAGUGGGAUGUAUCGUGGUGCUUGUGUUGAGACGGUUGAUUAUAGGAGCUGAGCUUGGAGGUCCAAGGCUAUGGGCUUGGCUUACCUCUGCUUACUUCAUGAUGCUUUGGGUCGUCUUCGUUGUUCUUUCUUCUUUGAAAGUUUCAGGCAUCAUAUAGAAGGAAGCAACAAAAGCAAACGAGAAAGAAGAAAAAUCUUACUACAAGACAUGUCCUCCUGUUUUACUUAAGGGUUUUUCUUAUAAAUAUCAGAGGCAGUGGGCUAAAUAUGUGUUACAAAUAUAAAAAGCAUAUUAAAGAUGAUUUUGGAUUGGAUCAUUGGCUAAAUAGAAGGUAGAACAGAGUUGACAGAGUAUGUAUA